AUGUCCGGAACGUCAACGCCCUCUCGCAAACGCUCCAAGUGGGACGAGGACGACAGCGAAGGGACGGUAGCAACACCCCAACCAGUUCCAAAGCGAAGACACAAGCCGAAGACCGUUCGAGCUCCUGCAGCCUCACAAUCUCUUAGUCGCACCCAUUCACCAUCCCCAUCUCCAGUUCAGCAACCGAGCCCUCGCCACACUCACAGCGUCUUUGUCCCACCAAGGACUCAUCACCCUUCAAUUGUCCCUUCGCGAUCUGUCUACAGCUAUGAGCGCCUGAACUCCAUUGAAGAAGGGUCCUACGGCAUCGUUUUCCGUGCGAAGGACAAACAGACAGGGGACAUCGUCGCGCUCAAGAAGCUGAAGCUCGACGAGGAGAAGCACGGCUUUCCCAUCACCGCUCUGCGCGAGAUCAAUGCACUCGUCGCCUGCCGACACGAAAAUGUCGUGGGGAUUCGUGAAGUCGUCGUCGGCGACACCCUGACGCAGGUGUUCAUCGUGAUGGACUUCAUUGAGCACGACCUCAAAACACUGUUGACCCUCAUGCCGUCUCCGUUCCUCCAGUCCGAGAUCAAGACCCUCAUGCUGCAACUGCUCUCCGCCGUCGCUCACUGUCACUCUAAUUGGAUCCUUCAUCGAGAUCUCAAGACCAGCAACCUUCUCAUGAACAAUCGAGGGACGAUCAAAGUUGCUGACUUUGGGCUCGCCAGAAGAUACGGAGACCCCGUCGGUGUCGGCGGGCUGACCCAGCUCGUAGUUACUCUGUGGUACCGAGCUCCAGAAAUUCUCCUCGGCGCAAAAUCCUACUCGACCGCCGUCGACAUGUGGUCCGUCGGCUGCAUCUUCGCCGAACUCCUGCUCAAAGAACCGCUCUUCCAAGCGAAAGGCGAAAUCGAGCUCCUCUCCAUGAUCUUUAAACUCCUCGGCCCACCCACCACCAACUCCUGGCCAGAAUAUUCUUCAUUACCGCUCGCGAAGACGCUCACCCUCCCCUCCCCCCAACCGCACCAAUUCAGGCAGAAGUUUCAGUAUAUGACAGCGGCAGGGAUCGAUUUGCUCAUGUCGCUGUUGACGUAUGAUCCUGAGAGGAGGAUAACGGCGGAGGAGGCUCUGCAGCAUCCAUACUUCAGCGAGUCGCCAUUGCCCAAGCAUCCAGAUAUGUUCGGGUCCUUCCCAUCUGCGGCUGCUGGCGAAAAACGAAGAAAACCGUUCGAUAGUCCAUCGGCGCCCAUGAGAGCGGCGGAUUAUAAACUUAUGACGGACUUGGAUGGACCGGACGCAUGA